AAACAAAACUAGAAAGCUAAAAUAAAGACUUCGCCACGUCAGCAGUCUCCUCCAAAUAUUCGCACUCGCAUCAACUCCAUCAAUCCAUAGUCCAUACACACAGUCGCGCGCACAAUCCAACUGAUCCCGCAACUUCAAUGGCGUUACAUAGAAAAUUUGUGAGCCGAAGCCUCCAACUAGCCGCCAAUACAAAAUGUUUAUAUAAUCUCUCUCGCCGGACUUUGACGUCAUCCUCGCCGGACUUUGAGCUGCCGGCGUUCGGUUAUCAGCCGAAGCCGUACAGUGGACCAUUGGCCGAUGAAGUGCUUGCCAAGCGCCAGAAGUAUCUAGGUUCUUCUCUCUUCUACUACUACAAGAAGCCUCUCAAUAUUGUUGAAGGGAAGAUGCAGUAUUUGUUUGAUGAAAGUGGAAAGCGCUAUCUUGAUGCAUUUGCUGGAAUAGUUACUGUGUCUUGUGGUCAUUGCCACCCUGACAUUGUGGAUGCUAUCACAGAGCAGAACAAGCUGCUUCAACAUGCUACAACCAUAUACCUACAUCAUGCAAUAGCUGAUUUUGCUGAAGCAUUAGCAUCAAAGAUGCCUGGGAACCUGAAGGUUGUAUACUUUGUUAAUUCCGGAACUGAAGCAAACGAAUUAGCGAUGCUGAUGGCACGACUGUACAGUGGAAACCUUGGGAUGGUUGCCCUCCGAAAUGCAUAUCAUGGGGGAAGUGCUGGUACAAUUGGACUGACAGCUUUAAACACAUGGAAGUACCCAAUUCCACAGGGUGAAAUACAUCAUGUAUUAAAUCCCAAUCCCUAUCGCGGAGUUUUUGGCUCAGAUGCUAGUCUUUAUGCUCAGGAUGUACAAGAUCAUAUCGAUCAUGGUACAUCUGGUAAUGUAGCUGGUUUUAUUGCUGAGACGAUUCAGGGAGUUGGAGGAGCAGUUGAACUGGCUCCGGGAUACUUGAAAUUGGUUUAUGACAUUGUACGGAAGGCUGGUGGUCUCUGCAUUGCCGAUGAGGUGCAAACUGGAUUUGGUCGAACAGGAAGUCACUACUGGGGUUUCCAGACCCAAGAUGUAAUUCCAGAUAUAGUUACGAUGGCAAAGGGAAUCGGCAACGGCUUGCCACUUGGAGCUGUUGUCACAACUCCAGAAAUAGCACAUGUAAUGGCUCAAAAAAUACAAUUCAACACUUUUGGUGGAAACCCUGUAUGUUCCACUGGUGGACUUGCAGUGCUAAGAGUUCUUGAUAAGGAGAAGCGUCAAAAGCAUUGUGCAGACAUUGGUUCCCACUUGAUUGGGCGUUUAAGGGAUCUUCAACAAAAACAUGACAUUAUUGGUGAUGUGAGGGGCAGGGGGUUGAUGGUCGGCAUAGAGCUUGUGACAGACAAGAAGGAUAAGACACCUGCCAAGGCUGAAACUGCAGUGUUAUUUGAAAAGCUUAGAGAGCAUGGAGUACUAGUUGGAAAAGGAGGACUGCAUGGUAACGUUUUCAGAAUAAAGCCACCUAUGUGUUUCACAAAAGAAGAUGCAGAUUUUCUUGUUGAUGUACUGGACUAUUCAAUGACAAAGCUGUAAACAUUGAACAAUCAUGUAAUGGUUACCAAGUACAGAACUCCCAAUCCACUGAAAGUUUAAGAGUUAUUCUGCGAAACAUAAUUGGGUACACGAGAAACAACAGCUUUCCUCAUGGUGGUUUUAUUCUGGCUGUGAGAGAUUUUCAAUUAGCAAGAACAGUUUUUAAAACAAAAAAAAUAAAUGGAUUUGGGUGUUCAUGUACACUAGUUGAAAGUCUGUUCACGCAUAUUUACCUAUGAAUGUUAUUUUCAAUUAGCAAGAACAGUUUUUAAAACAAAAAAAAUAAAUGGAUUUGGGUGUUCAUGUA